CGCCGGCUGCGGGAGCGGCACCGAUCGGCACCGGGCCCGGCGGGCACCGAGCCCCGCGCACAUCACCGAGCCGGGCCGGGCCGGCAGCCCCCGCACAGCAUGGCCGAGCCGCCGGCGGCAGCGCCGGCCCCCGAGGGCGAGGAGGGCCCGGUGCGCUUCGCCCGCAAGGGCGCCCUGCGGCAGAAGAACGUGCACGAGGUGAAGAACCACAAGUUCACGGCGCGGUUCUUCAAGCAGCCCACCUUCUGCAGCCACUGCACCGACUUCAUCUGGGGCUUCGGCAAGCAGGGCUUCCAGUGUCAAGUUUGCUGCUUCGUCGUGCACAAGCGGUGCCAUGAGUUCGUCACCUUCUCCUGCCCUGGCGCCGACAAAGGCCCUGCCUCUGAUGAUCCCCGGAGCAAGCACAAAUUCAAAAUCCACACGUACUCCAGCCCCACCUUCUGUGACCACUGCGGGUCGUUGCUGUACGGGCUCAUUCACCAGGGCAUGAAAUGUGACACCUGCAUGAUGAACGUGCACAAGCGCUGCGUGAUGAACGUGCCCAGCCUGUGCGGGACGGACCACACGGAGCGCCGGGGGCGGAUAUACAUCCGGGCGGACAUCGACAAGGACGUGCUCACCGUCGUAGUAAGAGAUGCUAAAAACCUAGUUCCUAUGGACCCUAAUGGCUUGUCAGAUCCCUACGUGAAGCUUAAACUAAUCCCUGACCCCAAAAACGAAAGCAAACAGAAGACCAAAACUAUCAAGUGCUCCCUGAAUCCUGAGUGGAACGAGACAUUUAAAUUCCAACUGAAAGAGGCGGACAAAGACAGGCGGUUGUCUGUGGAGAUCUGGGACUGGGAUCUGACCAGCAGGAAUGAUUUCAUGGGCUCCUUGUCCUUUGGGAUCUCUGAGCUGCAGAAGUCAGGAGUGGAUGGAUGGUUUAAGCUGCUGAGCCAGGAGGAGGGGGAGUAUUUCAACGUCCCAGUGCCUCCCGAGGGAGAAGAAGGAAACGAGGAACUGAGGCAGAAAUUUGAGAGAGCCAAGAUCGGAACCGGGUCCAAGGCUGCGGACGAGAAGACAAGAAAUGCCAUUUCCAAAUUUGACAACAAUGGGAGCAGAGAUCGGAUGAAGCUUUCAGACUUCAACUUCCUGAUGGUGCUGGGAAAAGGAAGCUUUGGGAAGGUGAUGCUGGCGGAGAGGAAGGGCACAGACGAGCUCUAUGCUGUGAAGAUCCUGAAGAAGGACGUUGUGAUCCAGGAUGAUGACGUGGAGUGCACGAUGGUGGAAAAACGCGUCCUGGCUCUCUCUGGGAAGCCUCCAUUCCUGACCCAGCUCCACUCCUGCUUCCAGACGAUGGAUCGCUUGUAUUUUGUGAUGGAAUAUGUGAAUGGUGGGGACUUGAUGUACCAGAUCCAGCAGGUCGGGAGGUUCAAGGAGCCCCACGCUGUGUUCUACGCAGCAGAAAUAGCCAUUGGCCUGUUCUUCCUGCAGAGCAAAGGCAUCAUUUAUCGAGACCUGAAGCUGGACAACGUGAUGCUGGAUAGCGAGGGGCACAUAAAGAUCGCGGACUUUGGCAUGUGCAAGGAGAACAUCUGGGACGGGGUGACCACCAAGACGUUCUGCGGCACUCCCGACUACAUCGCGCCCGAGAUAAUUGCUUACCAGCCUUAUGGGAAGUCUGUGGAUUGGUGGGCGUUCGGAGUCCUGCUCUAUGAGAUGUUGGCUGGCCAGGCCCCCUUUGAGGGAGAAGAUGAAGACGAGCUCUUCCAGUCCAUCAUGGAGCACAACGUCGCCUACCCCAAGUCCAUGUCCAAGGAGGCAGUGGCCAUCUGCAAAGGGCUGAUGACCAAGCACCCUGCCAAGCGCCUGGGCUGCGGCCCCGAGGGGGAGCGGGACAUCAAGGAGCACGCCUUCUUCCGCUACAUCGACUGGGACAAGCUGGAGCGCAAGGAGAUCCAGCCCCCCUUCAAGCCAAAGGCUAAAGACAAGCGUGACACUUCCAACUUCGACAAAGAGUUCACCCGGCAGCCAGUGGAGCUCACGCCCACGGACAAACUCUUCAUCAUGAACUUGGACCAGAACGAGUUUGCUGGAUUCUCCUACACUAACCCCGAGUUUGUCAUUAACGUGUAGUCGCGGCGCAGCCCUCUCCUCGCUGUCCCAGCUCCAGGUCGCCUUGUACAUACCGACACUAGUCUUCCGGGAUUAGCAGUGCAGACACACAUUCCCUCCCGCCAAACACGCCGACCGCUUCUCCUAGGAGGCCUCUCCAUGUCCGUGCCACUCGCUAGCUUGGUUUCCCUAGCCGGAGGUGUCCGGGGUGCCAGUUACCGAUCAGUGAUACUUCUAGGAACUAUAGUUGGUGGUGACUAAUAGAGUUUUCAAACAGAAAUAUACCAAAUUGCUACAGUCUCUGUAAUUUUUGCAGUGGAAUGCUGAGAUCCCAGUGACCCAGCUACUCCCAAAGCGUUGCUGUGGAAUGCUAAGCAUGGUUGAUCGCUUAAAGCGUUGUGCUGAAGCUUGCAAUGAGUGUGAGCUUGUCUUAGAGGAGCCUUUUGUUCAAGACAUGGAUACAUUUGAUCAGUGUGGAAAAAUCUGCUUGUAGACCUAUAUUUUUCAAUGCAUUGUCGAUAGGGUCAGCCCGGCUCCCUGGAGUGUCCUCCCCCACCAUCCGCCUUCCCCAUGCCCGGGCAUUACCACUCCAAACCAAUCCCAUGCCAGUUCUUGUAAAUCAGAGCAAAUCUUUUUCUAAGUGAAAGGUGGGAUUUUUUUUGUAACAUCUGGAACAGUUUGCAGUUUUGAUACGCUCUGUCAGCACUCGCAUAAAUCUUUCACAGACACUGUCGAGAUGUAACAGCUCUGUAAAGGAUAUUAAUAUUCUACCAAAACAGAACACAUUUAUAUUCUCAGUUUACAAUUUACCAACUGAAAACACGCCCAAGACCAAAGGGCUGCACUGAGGGCUAUUUAUAAUGGAAACUUUUCUACUUUACACCCUCUGCUAUUCUCUUCCAGGCUCCAAACCCAUGGAUUUCACAGGCAUCUUGAUUUCCCUGAUUUCCACCAAAAUUCCUGGGGGUUUUAGUCAGUAAUCCAGGAUCUUCUGCAUCAUUUAAAAAAAAAAAAAAAAGAAUGAGAAGAGACAAUUUCAGCAGCUGUUUGUGAGGCAGAGCCGUGGUGUGCAGGAGGGCAGGGGUGGGCAGGAGGAGGCAGGGGUGAGCAGGGGCUGGAAGGAGGGGACAACAACAGGCAGGAGAGGGCAGGUGGAGGCAGGAGCAGGCAGGUGAGGGAAGGAGUAGGCAGGGGCAGGCAGGAGGGGACAAGGGCAAGCAGGAGGGGGCAGGAGCAGGCAGGUGUGGGCAGGGACAGGAGCAAGAGCAGGCAGGUGGAGGAAGAAGCAGGCAGGGAAGGGCAGGAGUGGACAGGCAGGAGCAAGGGCAGGCAGAUGAGGGCAGGAGUGGGCAGGGGUGGGUAGAAGGGAGCAGGCAGGAGUGGGCAGGGGUGGUCAGGGACAGACAGAUAAGGGCAGGAGUGGGCAGGGGCAGGCAGGGCUGCCCACGGGAAGCUGGGCAGUGGCUCUGGCUGUUGGGCACACAGAGGGCUCUGGGUCCCCGUCCCCACUCCCAUCACAGCCCCGUCUGGCUGGUUUGCAGAACCCCCUGUGUGUGUUUUCUGAACCAGCACCGGUUCUGCUGUGUGUAGCUGUUCCUCCAUGUCAUGGGGAAAUGGAGUGGGAUUUUAUCAGUCAGGAGGAGUGCUAGAGAGGAAAUUCUGGUUGUAGAUCUUUUAUAAACAUCAAGCUAUACCUUUGGAAAUUUUCUUCUUCUUUUGAUGAUUCCUUGAGAACAAAAGGCUGCCAGCAGCGAAGCCGCUGUGCCGGUGCCGGGGGUGGAUGGGUGUCCCCGCUCCGUUACCCAGCCACGGGCACUGUCCUGUGCCGGUGCCGGGGGUGGAUGGGUGUCCCCGCUCCGUUACCCAGCCACGGGCACUGUCCUGUGCCUGCUGGGGCGUGAGCUGAGCCCACGGCCUCGGGUCCUGCCCUGGGCUGGAGGAAACCAAACCAAACCCAGAAAAACUGCAAAUUGUGCCAGAUGGAGGAGGGUGUUGAUGAGAGGCCCAGGCAGGCCAGGGGGCUGGUGGCCGGUGAGAGCUCCCGUGAGCCCCCCACGCGUUCCCGAGGACGCCGCGCCAUCCUCUGCAGACCACAGCUGAUGUCAGAGCAUGUGCGUUACUGUGACCUUCCAACCUGUUGCUGCAGAAUUAGUAUUACUUCAGUGGUGAAUGUUUUUAAUUUCCCCGUCUUCGGCUCUGAAGGCACUCCCAGGUCUGUCCAGGAUGCUGCUGGAGGGUCUCCGGGGCUGAGGGGCACCCCGGGGCCGUGGGCACUGCAGGGGCUGCUGCGGGGGGAGUCACGUCUUUUCUGUUUGGCACUUGUGUGUCUGUGUUGGGGUGACACUUGUGCGUGGAGCAGGCGUUGCUGGAUUCUGAACAAACUGGGUGGCCCUGGAGGGGACUGCAGGGAAGCCGGGGCUGGCACCAGGCAGCCCGGGUGGCAGCUUUGGGACUGAGAUCCACGUUCUAGGGAGAGUUUGGCAAAGGCUGGGUCCUCUUCGCAGGACUCACACCUUCAGUAUUCCUGACACUGUCCGUUCUGCCGCUCGCCAAACUCUUAUUUCAAGGUUUAUUUCCAGAUGACCUGUUUCUUCUGUGGAGAAACGUGUAAUGGGAUGUGUCUGGCCCUGCACAGACGCUCAGAUCUGUGUGGACUCCUCCAAGGGAGGGCAGGGUGACAGGGGUUGAGUCACUGUUUACUGUAAUUUGAUGAUUUAAUCUUCACUAUUGGAUGGGGAAAGCAGAGCUGCAGGAGGAUGCUCAGAGCUGAGUUGCAGGAGAGCCCCAUUCACCAAUCCCCAGGUGCUCUAAUGAUGGAGAAAGCCCAGGAAAUCCAUACCAAUAAAUCCCAUGGUGCCCCCACUGCUGUGUGUCAGAGCAGUGCUGGGGACCAGGGGACAGUGUGAGGCAGGAGAAGGAUGCUCAUGGGGGACAGAGGUGGCACCUCAGCCCGCUGAUGCAGGGGGGGCUUGCAGGGUGCCCCUGGGCAGUUGCUGCUGCUGGGGGAGCGGGUGCAGGUGUGGUGUCCCUCCUGGAUGCAGUGGGACUGGCAGGGUCCCGCAGGGGCAGAGGGGGAGGGCUGAGGAGGCAGGACAUGCACUCACCACACUGCAAAGGAUGGCAAGUCCUGACUUUGUGCAAGGCUGGGUUACAGCUUAGUGCUGCAGGUAAGUGGGGUUCAGGCUCUCAGGUGGUUUCCCUGGGACGGGAUGGGUCAGACAGCUCCCCCUGGGCUGCUGGCUGGUGGCUGCUCCGUUCACAGAACCUGCCCUACUCCUGCUCCCAGUGGGGCUCUGUUUGCAUGUGGCUGGGGACCUGCUGCUGCCCUUCCCUGCCCUGGCUGGAGCUCUGAGCAGCCUUCUCAUGCUGAGACCCAUCACCCAAGGAGUUAUCGACUGAUUUAAUCCAUUUAAUAAAUAAAUGCGAGUUUGCACAGUGGCCAACCCAUGGAGACAGAGAGCCUCAGGGGUGGAAGAUGAGCAAGCACAGGGCAGUCGAUGUGCUCUGAUGAUUGUGAAUCCCAGAGCUCUGAUCUAAGGGAAGAACCAGGGGAGUUCUAGGACAGAACAGAAGGAUCAAGCUGUUCCAAAGGUUAGGAUUGCACCUGGAGGGUGGAACUCGCUCCCACUGCUGAGUUCUGUGACUUGCCCACGGUGGCAGGAGCAGGUGAGCCUGUCUGACCACACGCCUCUGGCUCCAUGCAUGGAAGUGUCACCUGAGCUGUUUAUUUCUGAUCACAUUCAAAGUGGCAAUUAAAACAAGAAAAAAAAAAAGAAAAAAAAAUGUUUAUUGUUGAACAGUUUGUGUUUGUGAAUUUGAUUUCACCUGCAAGUAUUUGAUGACUUUUCUACAUCCUAGACUACCUGCUGUGUGUUGUCAAACGGUUCUCAUUAAGACCUCCUUUUAGAUGGGCAUAUACUCUUGAUUCGAUUUGCUGCAUGUAUGAAAAAAUAAAAUAUAUAAUUUUAAAGAAA